UCGCUUGUUGAUGACGUCACGCUUCCGUCGCAUCGGUCAAGAUGGCGGCCUCCGUUCGUCCGCUGCUGGAGCGGAUGAUUUUUCGUCCAUCUGCCGGGGCGGUUUCCGUCUCCGUGGCGGACGGCUGGCGCCCGUCGCCCCGCUGCUACGCGACAGCGUCCUGCCGAAGUUUUAGCGGCGGAGCCGCGGAGAAAAGCACCCAUUUCGGCUUCGAAACGGUCCCGGAAUCCGAGAAGGCGAAGAAAGUGUACACCGUGUUUGAGAACGUCGCGCACAAGUAUGACGUGAUGAACGACGCCAUGAGUCUGGGCAUCCAUCGUCUAUGGAAAGACGCGCUGCUGCGUGCCGCGCACCCCCAGCCCGGGGCGCGCCUCCUGGACGUGGCCGGCGGAACAGGGGACAUCGCCUUCCGUUUCCUGGAAUAUGUGGGCUCCCAGAAAGGGCGGUGGGCCGGGCGCUCCUCGUGGUGGCAGGACAUCUGCCAGAAGGACCCGGGCAACCGGGAGGAGGGUGAGGAGGGCCCCACCCGGGACUCCAGGGUGGUGGUCUGCGACAUCAACAAGGAGAUGCUGAAAGUGGGCAGACGGAAGGCUCGGCGCACGGGCCUCGCCGACGGUGUGCUGUGGGUGGCGGGGGACGCGGAGGAGCUGCCGUUCGACGACGCUCAGUUUGACAUUUACACCAUCGCGUUUGGCCUUCGCAACGUCACGCACGUGGAGCUGGCCCUGCGCGAGGCUUUGCGGGUCCUGAAGCCCGGGGGCAGGUUCAUGUGCUUGGAGUUCAGCCGGGUGACCGAUCCCGUCUUGGCCAGGCUUUACGACGCUUACAGCUUCCAGGUGAUCCCGCUUUUGGGAGAGGUCAUCGCCGGAGACUGGAAAUCCUACCGCUAUUUGGUGGAAAGCAUCCGCAGGUUUCCCGCUCAGGAGGCGUUGAAGGAGCUGCUGGAGGAUGCGGGCUUUUGCCGCGUCGGCUACCGCAACAUGAGCGGGGGUGUGGUCUCCCUUCACUCGGGUUUCAAGCUGUGACGGUGACGAGGGCUCGCGUCCGCGCGACGCCGCCUUGCGCGCUACUGCCGGAUGACCGCCAUCGCCGUGUGCUCGGCCUAUGAGGGAAGACCCGGAAAGGAAGACCUCGUCCCUGGAUGAUCCCUGGAGCUCGGGUGACCCCUCCGGAUCGGCAGUGUGGGGAGGAGGAUGCUAUUUUUUUGUCCUUUGUCACAAUACAAUACAGUCUGACUUCUAUGGCGCUUUCACAAGCGGCAGCUGUAACAAAGCGCUUCCACAAAACAGUGAACAUAAAGUCAAAUAAUAAACACAACACUUCACACAAAACAUGGACAGUCGUGCAGUCCGAACCGCUUUUCCGUCACACGCUUUGUUGUUUGAAGCUGUUUGACAUGAAAGAGGAGAGAAUCAAAGUGGAUCAGAGACGUCAUGCGUCGGCUACAAGCUUAGUUUCAAAGUCAACAUCCAUUCUCAUGAAGUGUUUUGUAAAGGAUUCGUUCAUUAAAUUUCAACAUUUUCCAAA